AUGGAUCCUCCUCCAACUGUUGCUUCCCUAUAUACACCACUCAGGACUGCAACGGCUAUUCGACUGCUAGCUAUCCAGCCUGGUGAACAUGGGUCUGAUCUCAUAUGCGAGGUCAAGCACGAUGACCUUGAUGCCAAGCCGGCCUACGAGGCCCUGUCGUACGUCUGGGGCAAUGCUAAAGACACGAUUGAGGUCAUCUGCAACGACCGCAAGGUUUCGAUCACGAGGAAUCUGGCAGAUGCGCUCCAUCGCCUAAGGCAGACCGGUCAAGUCCGUAUCCUCUGGGUGGAUGCCCUCUGCAUCAACCAGACGGAUGUUCACGAGCGCAGCUCCCAAGUCAGAAUCAUGCGUGAUAUCUACAGCAGCGCAGUGCAAGUCAUUGUAUGGCUUGGUCCUGAUAUGACCGUGGAUGUGGCACGGGCACGGAACUUGAUCGUGGCAAUCUCUUUGAUGUGCCAGGAGAACAGAUCAGCAAUUGAACACUCCGGGAUGACCGCCGAAAAGCGAUUGGCGUCAUUGGAUAUCUCUAUGCUGGACAAGUUUAGUGAUGCUACCGAGUCAGAGGUUGCCAUAACCUGGAAAGCACUUGCUGAUUUUUACGCUCGACCAUACUGGACUCGUGCAUGGGUCAUCCAAGAAGUUGCUGCGGCCCGUAAGUCUACCAUAGUAUAUGGCGAGCUUCAUUUGGAAUGGCAGGAUAUCGGAUGGACUACGGAUUGGCUAAUCGCGCAAGCUCUUCGCUACGACUUCAAGAUGCCGCCGCUGCUGGAGCUCAUUAAGUCUGAUGAUCCGCAACGUGUUGGCGUUAUGCGAGACUUCUCAAAACCAGACUCCGAGGACUACUACGACACGCUCUUGGAAGCACUGCGGGCCUCGCGAGUGUUGCAAGCCACGGACCCAAGGGACAAGGUCUACGCAUUUCUUGGAUUGAUGCCUAACGAUGUACUCACAAGAGCCGUCGAGAUUGACUACGACUGCACCGUCGUUGAAACCUAUACGAGGUUGGCAGUUGCGUCGUUGGAAUGCUACCAAAACCUCUCGAUCUUGUCCUACACCCAGCACUUACCUGAGUACCAGGAGGACUCCCCGUGUCCAUCGUGGGUCCCGCGGUGGGACACAGUUUCAGAAGCGGGACUCAUCCAAAUCUCGAGCCUCGAGGAGCUCGACUGGUCCACAUGCGGUACACAUAGACUUCAGAAAUGGUCUUUCGAGGCUCCUAGAAUCUUACGAUUGCAAGGCUUCACCUUCGAGGCCGUCGGAUACACCUCGGCGUCCAUGAACUACCUUGACUUCGACCUUGCAAGAAAUAAGCAGACGUUGUCACCCGUCCUGGAUCAAGUACACAGAUUCUUAGGGUCCGAGUCCCUCGAUCUUGCGAUCAAGGACACGAAGCAGGAAGUGCUGUCGCUAGCCAAGACUUUCACGCUCGAGUAUGAUGCCGACUGGGCCGGCAAUGUGAUCGAGAUGGAUGAAGACAGGUACUGGGCAGACUUUUGUGAUUAUGUCAGGCAUGCCUACGAGACCUACCAGAGCGUGAACCCAGCAGAUCCAAAGGAGGGAGCCUUGGCGGAACUUGCUGCAAGCUUCGCAAAGUACGCUGACGGUGGUGACUGGCAACGCUACGAGAUCGCUGCAUCGCGUGAUGCCGAUGCGCGCCGCUUUUUCUGCACCAAGGAUCUUCGCGUAUUUGGUCUCGGCCCCGAUACGAUGCGGAACGGCGACAUCGUUGUCAUUCUGUUCGGUGGGCGAACGCCAUAUAUUCUUAGGCCGCAUGUCGAAGCCGACGGCUCGCGAUGGUACACUUUUAUCGGCGCGGCGUACGUCUCCCAUAUCAUGAGGGGAACACUCAUGCCGUAUUUCGAGCAAGGAGAUUUCGAAGAGGUGGAGUUCGAGGUUCGAUAA